CAGAGAUACCUCCCCUAUGCCGUACUCUUCCUCAGUUCAAUCGCUGCUCAUUCUAUAGGGAUAUCUCCGAUAAAGCCUGGCCAGUAGUUGGCUGUAAAGCAGCAGAAACACUAACUGAUUAGCCCACAAACCAUUCAUUUCCUAUGCCUCAGGGGCAUAUAUAUAGAGAGAGGAGGAGGAGGAGGAUGAAUGGUGGUCGUAAUCGUUCUCGUUCUGUGCCAUGGCCAAAAACUGGGUGCUGGAGAUCCAUGACCAGCUCGAGAGCGUCGAACCAGCAGCAGAGACAGGUCGUCUCCUUCGGGCCGUACCACCACGGGGACCCCGACGUCUGGCCCAUGGAGGAGCACAAGCACAGAGCGCUCCUCCACUUCCUCAGGAGGGCGAACAAGCGGCUCGACGAGUUCGUGGCGGCGAUGGGGGAGGUGGUGCAGCAAUUGCAGGACGCGUAUCAGGGCCUCGACGAUCCAUGGAGGGAGAAGGACCGGUUCCUGCAGCUGAUGAUCCUCGACGGCUGCUUCAUGCUCGAGAUAAUGCGCGUCGCCACCGGCGCCUCCAGUGACUACGCCUACAACGACCCCAUCUUUAGCAGCCAUGGGAUGCUGUAUACCGUCCCCUACAUCAAGCGAGACAUGCUGAUGAUCGAGAACCAACUGCCCCUGCUGGCCUUGGACACUCUCGUCUCUGUCGAGAGCAGCAAACCCAAGCUCGAAGACACUAUAAACAAGCUGGUGCUCAAGUUCUGCGCGUCAGGUAAUGGCCGACUGUCCACGGCGAGCAUGGCCCUGGGCCUCCACCCCCUCGACGUUUUCCGGAAGAGCCUGUUAUACGACGCAACGCACCGCUCGCCGCCGGUCACGCCGGAUCGGGACGGCUCCAGCGAGAUCGUCCGGUCUGCGGUGGAGCUGUACGAGGCCGGGAUCCGGUUCAAGAAGAGCAAGACCAACAGCCUGCGGGACAUCAGCUUCCACCACGGGGUGCUCAGGCUGCCGGUGAUCGUGGUGGACGACGCCACCGAGUACAUGUUCCUCAACCUCAUGGCCUUCGAGCGGCUGCACUGCGGCGCGGGCAACGAGAUCACCUCCUACGUCUUCUUCAUGGACAACAUCGUCGACUCGGCCAAGGACGUCAGCCUGCUGCACGCCAAGGAGAUCAUCCAGAACGCGGUGGGGAGCGACAAGGCGGUGGCGAAGCUGUUCAACCGGCUGUCCAAGGACGUGGUGCUGGACCCGGAGAGCACCCUCGACGAUGUCCACCGCAAGGUCAACAACUACUGCCGCAAGGACAUCAACAUGUGGCGGGCCAACCUCAUCCACACCUACUUCCGGAGCCCCUGGGCGGUCCUCUCGCUUGCCGCCGCCAUUUUCCUGUUGGUCCUCACCGUGCUACAGACCGUGUACACCAUCAUCCCCUUCUACACAGACAAUGGCGGCGACGCUCCCUCCCCACAGUAAUCUCGGGUUAAAGCUUGUGAUUGUGCUUGGUUUGUUUGAUUACUUUCUUUCCUAUCUUUGGUCGGCGUGUUGAGUGUUUAAGGUUGAUAGCUCGAUCAGAUCGUUGAUCGAUGUAAUCGUGUUUCCCGGCUCCAUGGAAAGUUUGACAUGUUCUUCCCAUAAUACAAGUCGAUGCCUGAGAAUGGCUUGAGAAUCG